UACCCCCUGGACAGGGCACCAGCUCAAGACAUAGCCAGGUGUCUUGAGGACCCCCCCCCAGCCAGACGAUCGCACAGCUGAGAUUGGAGCUCAGGUCACAGCGGUGAAUGGGUAAUGUCUUGGCUGCCAGUUCACCCCCUCCACCCCCACCAGUGCAGGCUGGGCCGGGAUUGAUUUCUGUCCCUGCAGGCUUUACCAUGCCAUCAGUCUCACCGGUCUCUCCUGCUGGCAGCGCUUCUAAUGGGCAACCGGAGGCUGAGCCGUCACUUCCGAACCCGGGUGCUUUUGAGGAGUUCCAUCGCAAAACCAAAGAAGUGUUUCCUGUGCAGAUGGAUGGAGUUCGACUCACUGUCAACAAAGGCAUCAGCAACUUUUUCCAGGUCAAUCACAACAUCAUGCUGAGCACCCAGGGGGACUCCAGUUAUAGAUUUGGGGCUACAUAUAUAGGGACCAAGCAGACAGGACCAGCAGAGACAUUUCCCGUGGUGGUUGGUGACAUGGACCACACUGGCAGCCUCAAUGCCCAGAUUAUUCACCAGUUAAGCUCCAGAGUGCGCUCCAAGCUGGUUUUUCAGACACAGCAGCAGAAAUUUGUCAACUGGCAAGCAGACGCUGAGUUUAAAGGAGAUGAUUUUACAGCUGCGCUGGCGCUGGGAAAUCCAGAUGUGGUGGCUGGAUCAGGCAUUGUUGUAGCUCAUUAUCUCCAGUCCAUCACUCCUUCCUUGGCAUUAGGGGGAGAGCUGGUGUACCACCGCAGGCCGGGGGAGGAGGUUACGGUCAUGUCUUUGGCAGGAAGAUACACAGGUUCCAAUUUUAUUGCUACGCUUACACUAGGAGGAGCUGGUGCACAAGCUUCAUAUUAUCACAAAGCCAACGACCAGCUGCAGAUCGGUGUGGAGUUUGAGGCCAGCACUCGUAUGCAGAACACCAGCGUAUUGUUUGGCUACCAGCUCGACAUCCCCCAAGCCAACCUGCUUUUUAAAGGUUCUAUAGACAGUAACUGGGUUGUAGGAGCUACGUUGGAAAAAAAGCUGCUGCCUCUUCCUCUGUCUCUGGCACUUUGCUCUUUCCUCAACCAUCGUAAAAACAAGUUCCAGUGUGGCUUCAGCGUGACCAUCGGCUAAACCAGCUGCUGCACGUUCAGAAUAUAUGAGCUGAAACACACAUACGGACAAGAUACGGACGCUCUUUUAUAUGAAUGUGGUUUGUUGUCUUAGAGCUGGUAUUCAACCACAACUGACCUCACGUCUGUGAUGUAAAUUCUAGAUUAAAAGUGUGUGGAGAAAAUGCGAGUUAAAAUAUAUAGACAACAUUUAAUAUGAAUGUAAAUCAUUCAUAGACGACUUUCAAACGUUAUGUGUAAUUCUAAUCAAGUGUUUUUUUUUGUUUUUGCUAUUUGUGAUUCUUUUUUACUUUAAGAUGUGGUAUUAAUUUAAAUGAAACUUUUAUUACUUUUCUUGUUAAGUCCGUAUUGGGUUUCUUUGACUCUUUUUAACCUUUGUGUUCUGUUGUCAUGUUUACGUUCACUUUACUGCCUAGUUUUUGGGCUCCCAGAGAUCCCAGUGUUGUGUGGGUAAAAUAAAAUUAUAUUGAGUUUAAAAUUAACCAAAUUAAACUGGAAGAGGUGGAAGAUUUUGUAAAGGGUUGUACGUGUUUGUGAGUGUGUGUGUGUGUGUGUGUGUGUGUGUGUGUGUGUGUCAGCUGUCCCCUCAUCACUAGACAGAAACUAAAAACAUGAAAAUAAAUUGCAUUCAAUAAUUUCCAAA